AUGAAGAAACUAAUUAUAACCCAAUUAUUAAUAACCUACAUUUUCUGUCUACAAGUCCUUAAGCACUAAUGUGUCCAUGAUAAAAUGAAAAAAAUCUAUAAUUACGAAUCAAUCCCUCCUGAUAAAGAACCUUUAGAUAACCGUAAUUUAUAAAAUAAAAAACCCCGUAAUAUGGAAAUAAGUUACGAUAUGGAUUAUUUCAAAAAAUUACCUUCUAAUGAUAAAAAUAAACUAUUAACUGAAGCCUGUGAGAAAACUGUAUAAUUAGCAAUUGAAUUUUUUUCUUAAUUAAUAAAAAUAGUCCCAAAAUCUGAAUCAAACAUGAGAUAUAAACCUGCCAGUUAAUAAUAAUGUGGAUAAGUUGUAAUUCCUUAAAUAGAUAAAGUUCAAGGAAAAAUUUCUGAUUUACAUAUAUAUGUAUAAUAUAAAAUAGAACCAGAAGACGAAUAUUUAGCCUAUGCUGGCUGGUGUUAAUUUUUGGAUGGUUUAGGACCUACUCAUGGCGAAAUUACUUUUAAUUUAGGUUAAUUAACAACUUCAAAUUUUAAUGAUCCUAUUGAAUUUAAAGAUUUAAUGGAAGUAGUUAUCCAUGAAAUUAUUCAUAUUUUGGGUUUUAACGAGACUGAUAUACCUAAAUGGGUAGAUUCUAAUAAAUCUUAUUAUACUUAACCUACUAUUAAAAAAAAAAUAAGGGGAAAGGAUACUAUAUUGCUCAAAACUCCUAACGUUUUGAAGUUUGCUCAAGCAUAUUACUCAUGUCCUACUUUACCUGGUAUGCCUUUAGAAAAUUUAGGAGAAUAAGGGUCUAAAGGAUCUCAUUGGAAAUACACAGCCAUCGAAAACGAAUACAUGAAUGCAUUUACAUCAACUACUUAAGCUUAUUUUAGUGGUUUUACAACUAAUCUUUUAAGAGAUACAGGUUUCUAUCAUCAAAUCAACAACUCUAUGGAAGAAAAUAUAUUCUAUGGAAAAGGAGCAGGUUGUGACCACAUUAUUGGUAAAUGUGAUUUAACCAAAAGAGAGUUUUGUGAUCCAAAAAAAUAAAAUGGAUUAUGUGAUUAUUACAAUCUUGGACCUUCGAAAUGUAUGUCUAAUUAAUUUAAUGAACCUGGCUGUAAUACUUUAGAAAUCUAUAAGAAUGCAAAAUGCUGGGAUGUUAAAAGCAAUAUUAACACAAAAGAAAUUCAGGAUAUGUAAGGAGUUAAAUUUGGUGUCGAAUCUGGAUGUUUUAACUCAAACAUAUUGAAGGAAGAUCCAAAAAAUAAAAAAAUUUAGGUUUUAGGUUGUUGUUAUAAAUAUGAAUGUAGUUCUAAUGGAUAAUAAGUAACUAUUUGGGUUGGAUCCAAAAAGGUCGUUUGUACAAAAAAUUUAGAAAAUAUGAGUGUUAAGGGAUAUACUGGAUAAAUAUAAUGCCCAGAAAAUAUAGCCUUAUUUUGUGGGUUUAAAAAAUUCUGUCCGAAUUUCUGUAGCGGAAACGGAUAUUGCUUAAAUGGUAAAUGUUAAUGUUCUAAAAAAUAUUUUGGAUAAGAUUGCGGGAAAAAAAAUCCAUUUAAAUUUUGA